GAUCCCUGGGGCAAAAUGAAACUGAUGCAACAUGUAUUUACAUAGUGAUUAAAAGGGAACUCGGAAAUGACUUUGUUUACCCAAGUUCCUGGAUUCAUGUCAAACAGCAAUCUAAUGGAGAAUCUGAACUGAGUUGAAUCAAGAUGAUCUGAAACCCCCCAACAGUUAUUUCUGGUUCAGAAACGUGAGAAUGUUUUUAGAGUGGGCAUUCCUUAUCAGAAAACCUCCUACUAGCAAUUUAGGGGUUGAAGCUAUAAAAUAUCACGGCAUACUUUAAGAGAAAUUUGCUUCAGUCUAUAAUACUAUACUGUUUAAUAAAAUCAAAGGAACUUUCCAUUAAUUAAUCUUUACUAAUUUUUGUCUGUUUAGGAAUAAACCAACACAAUGGACUGGGGUACCCUGCACACUUUGAUCGGGGGUGUAAACAAACAUUCCACCAGCAUUGGGAAGGUGUGGAUCACUGUCAUCUUCAUUUUUCGUGUCAUGAUCCUUGUAGUGGCUGCUCAAGAAGUGUGGGGUGACGAACAGGAAGAUUUUGUCUGCAACACUCUGCAACCUGGGUGCAAAAAUGUGUGCUAUGACCACUUUUUCCCCAUGUCCCACAUCAGGCUGUGGGCUCUGCAGCUGAUCUUCGUCUCCACCCCAGCCCUGCUGGUAGCCAUGCAUGUUGCCUACUACAGACAUGAGACUGCCCGCAAGUUUAGGAGAGGAGAGAAGAGGAACGAAUUCCAAGACUUAGAAGACAUUAAGAAGCAGAAAGUCCAGAUAGAGGGGUCCCUGUGGUGGACGUACACCAGCAGCAUUUUUUUCCGGAUCAUCUUUGAAGCAGCCUUUAUGUACGUGUUUUACUUCCUUUACAAUGGGUACCAUCUGCCCUGGGUGUUGAAAUGUGGGAUUGACCCUUGCCCCAAUCUUGUCGACUGCUUUAUUUCUAGACCUACUGAGAAAACCGUGUUUACCAUUUUUAUGAUUUCUGCCUCUGUAAUUUGCAUGCUGCUUAAUGUGGCCGAGUUGUGUUACCUGCUGCUGAAAGUUUGUUUUAGGAGAUCAAAAAGAGCACAGACGCAAAGAAAUCACCCCAAUCAUGCCUUAAAAGAGAGUAAGCAAAAUGAAAUGAAUGAGCUGAUUUCAGAGAGUGGUCAAAAUGCGAUCACAGGUUUUCCAAGUUAAACAUUUCAAAGUACAAUGUAGCUGACUCAUGAUAAAACUGACCUGAAGCUCCCCUCUCCAGGCUGAAGACCUUGUCUUCAUCAACGGCUUUCGUAGUACAUAGAUACUUGAGUUAACUUUUUGUAGAAUAAUUGUGCCAUUAAUAUGCAACAUAAUAUGUGGUCCAUCUCUGAAAACUAAGACGAUGACAACUGUGCCUUGAAGUAACUUGAACAUGUUUGUUUUAAGUGGACUGUCUGACAUAGUGGAUAUUCCCUGAAAAUUUAAGUAUGUAACUGUUGUUGAUAAAGAACAUUUAUCUAUAAAUUGAUGCUCUUAUUAGUAAAAGAUAUUUUUAUAGGAUCAAAUGUUUUAGUUCUGACUUUGAAUUUGUAUAUUUUUAUAAUGACUGGUCUUCCUUACUUGGAAAAACUUGCAAUGUUAGUUUUAGAAUCAUACCAUAAGUAUCUAAAUUUUGAACUUAAAAGGGUCUACCUUGUAAAUAUUGUUUUGAAUUGUCUAUUGACAAACUUAUGAACUGUCAUGAUACUCUUAAUGUGGAAAGUGUUCGUCAUACCAUGUAUUUUUACUGCUUUCUGAAUGUGGACCGAGCUGUGUGGAAGCGGGAAGCUUUUUAAAACCAGCCUAUUUGCAGUCAUUGUGAACAGCGGACGCGUGAAUGUGCUCCCCUCAAUAAAGAUCAGCCCCAUUGCUUGAGCCU